AUGCAACUGAGUGGGCCACAAGGUGAUGUGCUUGGCAAUCGAAUGUCAGAAUUGAGUCAACCCUUUGAGGUGGUUUCUAAUCUGAUUCCAGAGACAGGCUCCAAGCCACAGCUGAUUACAGAGCAGCCAUCUUGGCUCAUCAGGCUUGGACUUCAGGAUGUGGAGGAACAACCCGGUUACCCGGAGCUUGCUGAGCUGCUGGAUGAAGAGAAGCUGAGCGGAGUCCCAGUGCUGAUAUUCGCUAACAAGCAGGACCUCCUUACAGCGGCUCCGGCCUCCGAGAUAGCAGAGGGCUUGAAUCUGCACACGAUCCGUGACCGAGUUUGGCAAAUCCAGUCCUGCUCCGCGCUCACAGGAGAGGGCGUACAGGACGGAAUGAACUGGGUCUGCAAAAAUGUCAACGCAAAGAAGAAAUGAGCUUGUUCCUGGGUGGAGGGAAUCAGAAGAGCAUACUCAGCCGAUAACACUAAUUCAUUGUUCCUGACACAAACCUUCACUACCAUUCCCAGUUUCAGCUACAUACCAACGAGUGCUGGGGGACUGCAGCUCCAGCACACCAUCUGAUUCCUACCCACCCCCCCCCAACACACACACACAACCAAACCACACAC